CUAUAGAAGCUUCUGCUUGUCCACUUUGCAUUUGUUGUCCACAUCACUCCUUUAGAGUGAGGAAAAGAGAUUUGUGGAAUCCUGGAGCCAGUGGAGCAAACAGCAGCAGCUCUGCUCAAUCUCAGCGCCAACAUGUUGUACCUGGAGACGGGGACCACACCAUCUUACAGCGAGUCACAGUACACCAACCUGGGGCUCCUGAACAGCAUGGAUCAGAACAUUCAGAACGGCGGCUCAACCUCCACCAGCCCCUACAACAACGACCAUGCACAGAACAACGUGACCGCUCCGUCACCUUAUGCCCAGCCCAGCUCCACCUUUGACGCCCUUUCCCCCUCACCAGCCAUCCCAUCCAACACAGACUAUGCUGGGCCCCACACCUUUGAUGUGUCCUUCCAGCAGUCCAGUACAGCGAAGUCUGCCACCUGGACGUACUCAACAGAUCUGAAGAAGCUGUACUGCCAAAUUGCCAAGACAUGUCCCAUUCAGAUCAAAGUCCUGACCACCCCUCCACAGGGGGCCGUCAUCAGGGCCAUGCCUGUUUACAAGAAAGCCGAACACGUGACCGAAGUGGUGAAACGCUGCCCGAACCACGAGCUCAGCCGCGAGUUCAAUGACGGUCAGAUAGCUCCUCCGAGCCAUCUGAUCCGUGUGGAGGGAAACAGCCACGCCCAGUAUGUGGAGGACUCCAUCACUGGAAGACAGAGCGUGUUAGUUCCUUACGAGCCUCCUCAGGUGGGGACAGAAUUUACUACAAUUUUGUACAACUUCAUGUGCAACUCGAGCUGUGUGGGUGGAAUGAACAGACGACCAAUCCUCAUCAUCGUCACUCUGGAAACCAGAGAUGGUCAGGUAUUAGGCCGCCGCUGCUUCGAAGCCAGGAUCUGCGCCUGCCCAGGCCGAGAUCGGAAGGCGGACGAGGACAGCAUCCGCAAGCAGCACGUAACGGACGCCACAAAGAGCAGUGAGGGUACGAAACGCCCCUUCCGCCAGGUUUCUCACGGCAUACAGAUGUCCACCAUCAAGAAGAGAAGAUCUACAGAUGAGGAAGUUUUUUGUUUGCCUAUCAAAGGCCGUGAAAUUUAUGAGAUUUUGGUAAAAAUCAAAGAGUCUCUGGAACUCAUGCAGUUUCUGCCGCAGCACACAAUAGAGUCAUACAGACAGCAGCAGCAGAAUCUACUUCAAAAACAAACCUCGAUGCCGUCUCAGCCCUCCUUCGGCUCCAGCUCCCCAACUCACGGAAAAGUCAACAAGCUGCCCUCCGUCAGCCAGCUCAUCAACCCCCAGCAGCGAAACACACUCACCCCAUCCAGCAUGUCUGGAGGCCUCACUGACAUGACUCCUAUGAUGGGAACUCACAUCCCCAUGAACGCUGACAUGAGCUCACUGAGCCCCACACAUGCACUGCAGCCACAGCUUCCCCUGGUGCCCUCCUCCCACUGCACUCCCCCUCCUCCUUACCCCAUGGACAGCAGCAUCUCCAGCUUCCUCAUUCGGCUGGGCUGCGCAGGCUGCUUGGACUACUUCACAGCUCAGGGCCUAAACAACAUCUACCAGAUUGAGAACUAUAACAUGGAGGACCUGUCCAGGCUGAAGAUCCCUGCCGAGUUCCAGCACAUCAUCUGGAAGGGCAUCAUGGAGCACCGACAGGCCAUGGAUUUUUCCCCUCCUCCCCACAUAGUGCGCACCACCAGUGGAGCCUCCACUGUCAGCGUGGGCUCCUCUGAGGCCCGAGGCGAGCGCGUCAUCGACGCCGUACGCUUCACCCUCCGUCAGACCAUCUCCUUCCCGCCACGCGAUGAGUGGUCCGACUUCUCUUUUGACCUGGAUUCUCGCCGCAACAAACAGCAGCGCAUCAAAGAGGAGGGAGAGUAAGACGAGCGUUGCCUCGUUCUCCAUGUUCCUGUUUCUCAUUUCACGCCUGCUGAUGGAACAUUUCAUUUCGAAAAAGCCUCAUAUUAGUGCAAAUACCGCCGAGAACAAAACACAUUCACAGAGAAAUGCACUUAUUUUCAUGUUUGUUCUGCUUCUCGCUGAGGAGAGAUUCAUGGUGUUGAGCAAAGGUGCAUUUUUAUUAUGUUGUAAUUUCUUGAGAGCACUUAAGAAAUGCUGACAAUUUCAAGUUUGCUUUGAGGUUUUGUUAAGUGUUCAUGAUUCAUUCCCAUGUUAAAGCAUGACUGGAAACAUUAGAGGGAUUAUUAGGGCUUAUAUUUCUGCUAUGGACCAUAGCAAAACUGUAUUUGUUUGUACUACUUUUAAUAUUUCACUUUUAUGGUCGACUACACUGGUUUUCGUUUGUGGCAAAAGUCAGCAUCGAUUGUAUACAUUUCAAACAUUUCCUCCCAGAAGUAUUAUGUCAAGUGAUGGGCAAUUUGUUCUGUGCUGUAGCUUCUAUAUUUUGCUUUUUUAUGUUUGUUGUGAGACCAAUGCAUCAAUGUCUUUAUUUUUAUUGAGUCAGGUUGUGAAGUAUGUUUGUUAAAGUGACAGAUGGUCAUUCAUUUGAUGUAGCCAUAUAUAGGCCUAAUGUUCUUGACCCAGUGUUUUAACAGUUAAAUGGUACUAUGACUGAUGUCGUUUUGUUUAUUUCUGUUUACUGCUGUUCAAAAGUCUUUGUGAUCACAUUUUCAGAAAAGGUUUUAGCUCUCGCAGCGGAUGCGUAGCACAAGUUUUUGUUUUUGUUUUUUAUUCAUGAACCAUGUUUUGGUAGAGGUUUAUUUCAUUUGAUCACUGGCCAAAACCGACUUUAAUGUAUAUAAAUUUGUAUAGUUUGUUUUGGAAAGUCACCCUUAAGGAACUGCAUAAUUUCCAUCAUGAACAAAGUAUAUUGAUGUGAACACUGUCCGGUGCAUUUACUACAGAAACUUUACUGCCACGCCAGAAAAAGAAACGCAUGUCCUGUUAUAAUGUGAAAAGUGUGAAAUAAGAUGCACGUAAAUACAUCUUGGUAGGUCAAUAAACUUUUCACAUCAUAAUGUGAUGGUGAUCCAUUUUCUGUUUCGGGCAGUAGUAAACCACUGACUUAAUGAAUAAGAACAUGUUUGUAAUAUUCCACAGUACUGCAUUCAAUGUCCAGUGGCAGACCAACAGUGUUUCUGUAGUCAGGACUGUAAGAGCAGAAAGCAACUGCAGUUUCAUAUUUUUGUACAAUGUGUUGUAAAUAUGUUGCAAUAUACCAAGGGUAUUUUGAUAUAAAUCUGAAAUAAAUAUCCAUAUUUGCUGUAUUGCAUGUUAACACUC